AUGACCUUCGACAAAGCAGUGGCCCACGCUGACGGCAUGAAGCUGGUGCCCUUGGACAAGCCCAUGAUUGUCCACAAGGAGCACGGUGUUGUGAAACUGAGUGACCUGCCGGCCAAAAUGGAGAUCACCGACGGCAGCAUCAAAGAGAAGCAUCACUUUCUGGAUGUGAUCGCGGACUGGGAGGGCACUCUUGACUUCAAGAACAUAGAAACGCUCUUCCUCCAGCAGCGCUAUGCAGAUCUGCCACCUCCACUCCUCUCCAUGAAGGGUCAACACCAGGCUCCGUACACCAUGCAGCUCAUCAUCCUGCCGAAGCCUGGGGGCAAACAUGAUAUCAUCAAGCGUAUCAAACUGCAAGAUGACGACAAGCUGACGCACGCCACCAUCAUCUCGAUGUGUCAUGGAACUCCUCUAGAGAUUGAUUUGCGUGGCAAAUUCCGCGAGGGAUCCCGAGGCUUCCAACACAUGCUGCAGUCCAUGGGCGGCUUCCAGGUAAAAACAGUUCUUAUUAGGAAAGGAUAG